AUGUCGGCUCCUACGACAAAGACCUUUGGCAAGUCGACUCGGUCGGUCCCUCACCCGACCGAGAGGGCUCAGAAAUGGUACCCUGCUGAGGACGAGGACAAGCCGCGCAAGGUCCGCAAGGCCAUCCGCGCGUGGGCCCCUCGCUCCUCGCUCCAGCCCGGCACCGUCCUGAUUCUGCUCGCCGGCCGCUUCCGCGGCAAGCGUGUCGUCCUCCUCAAGAACCUCGACCAGGGUGUCCUGCUCGUCACCGGGCCCUUCAAGAUCAACGGCGUCCCCCUCCGCCGCGUCAACUCGAGAUACGUCAUCGCCACAUCCCUGAAGGUCGACCUUGCCGGGAUCGACGAGGCCAAGAUUGAGGAGAUCGCGAAGCCCAAGUACUUCACCGCGGAGAAGACCAAGGAGAAGGCCGGCGAGGAGGCGUUCUUCAAGCAGGGAGAGAAGCCCCAGAAGAAGGAGGUCUCUAGCAGCCGGGCGGCCGACCAGAAGGCCGUCGACAAGGCGCUGCUCGCCAACAUCAAGAAGGUCGACAUGCUCGCCAGCUACCUCGCCACCUCUUUCAGCCUCCGCAAGGGCGACAAGCCCCACGAGAUGAAGUGGUAG